GCGGCAAUCACGUUUUCCCUGAGACUCCAUCUCGUAUCAUAUUUUGAAGCAAUAACAGUACUGCAACCAUGAGAUUCACUUCAUCCAUUGUCUGUGCCAUCGCUGCAUUCGCAGCUUCCUCGACCGCCUUCGCUCCCCAAGCACGACAGGGAGUCAGCACCGCUCGAUUCUCCACCGCAGAAGAGGUUGGUGUUUCCCAGGUCGAACGCAACGAAAACUUUGCCAAAUUGGCCGGUGGUUACCUUUUCCCAGAAAUUGGACGCCGCCGAAAUGCCUACCUCGAGGAAAACCCCGAGAUGGCGGACCGCAUCAUCUCCCUUGGAAUUGGUGACACUACCAUGCCCAUCCCUCCGCACAUUUUGAACGGAUUGGUUGAAGGAGCCAAGAAGCUUGGUACCGCCGAAGGUUACAGUGGAUACGGUGCCGAACAAGGGCAAGGUCUCUUGCGAGAAAAGAUCGCUAAGGUUCUCUACAACGACCUCAUCGAUGCGUCCGAGGUCUUCGUCAGUGACGGUGCCAAAUGCGAUAUCAUGCGUGUGCAACAGAUGUUCGGCUCCAAGGUUGUCAGUGCCGUCCAGGACCCUUCUUACCCUGUCUACGUCGACACUUCCGUCAUGAUGGGGCAGACCGGAGUCCAAAACCCCGAGACCAUGCAAUACGACAACAUUGUCUACAUGAAGUGUGGUCCCGAAAAUGGUUUUUUCCCUGACUACGCCAAUCUCCCCAGAGCCGAUGUCGUCUACCUGUGCUCCCCCAAGUAAGUUGUCGUUUCGUUUUAUACACAUAUCUUACUUCUUUUUACGAACCGGAUCCACGUUUGCCAACAUCUUUGUGCUAACAACACCAUGCUUAUCAACUUGAAUUUCCCCCUAAUUUUUUCGUUAGCAACCCUACUGGUGCCGCCGCAACCAAGGAACAAUUGACGGAKAUGGUAAAAUUGUGCAAGGAACGAGGAUCCAUCCUUGUCUUCGAUGCAGCAUACGCUCCAUUCAUUCGAUCCGAAAAUGUCCCUAAAUCUAUUUUCGAAAUCGAAGGGGCUAAGGACGUUGCCAUCGAAGUCAACUCCUUUUCCAAAUACGCCGGAUUCACCGGUGUUCGUCUUGGAUGGACCGUUGUUCCUUCCGGCCUGAAAUUCAAGGACGGUAGCUUGGUCCGUGAUGAUUUCAACCGUGUUAUGACAACAGCUUUCAAUGGUGCUUCGAAUAUUGUCCAAGCUGGAGGUCUUGCUUGCUUGGACGAAGAGGGACAAAAGGAGAUCAACACACUAAUCGAUUACUACUUGGAAAAUGCUAAGAUCUUGAGAGACACCUUCGAAGAAAUCGGAUACGUUGUUCACGGAGGAACCGAUGCUCCUUACGUAUUUGUUGAGUUGCCAGAAGAGAUUGGUGGAUCGUGGGACGCCUUCAGCAUGAUCUUGGAAAAGGCACAGGUUGUCACCAUUCCUGGAGCCGGAUUCGGACCCGGAGGCGAAGGUUUUUUGCGAUUGAGUGCAUUCGCCCCUAGAGAUUCCGUCAUCGAGGCCUGUGCUCGAUUGAGGGAGGUCAUGAAGAAGGAUUAAAAGAUACAUAUAGAUAUUAAUUGCAUUAAUAGCAUCAACUCAAUGAGGAUUUUGUGCCUCAAAUUGUUGUUUUGGAACCAAUACACUAUGACUUGAAAA